AUGAAAGCCAUAAAAUCUUGGCCACGGGUCUUUUUAUAUGUUUUUAAAAUAACAGGAAUAUUUUUUUUCUGCAUUUUUGACAUACAAUUCCUUUUUUGUGCAGAAUUCGUCAAUGGGAAGGUGGGUACGAAACUCCACUCGAAAGAAUCGGGGACAAAGAUCAAAAGAGAGGAAGGAGCAGAUUCUUUCCCUUUCAAUCUGGAUGAGUUUGUUACAGUGGAUGAGAUUGUAGAAGAACAUACAGAAAAACAGAAGGAGGAUGAAGAGAAGCCAUCUCAAACUGGUGCCACCAAGAGAGGAGGAAAGAGAAAGGAAGAUUAUCCUCCUACUUCAGACACUAAGAAGCCCAAGGAGGCAGGCGGAGAAGCUCAGGAGCUUUCUUUUGUCACUUUGGAUGAGGUUGGCGAUGAGGAGGAUAACACAACUUCCCCAGAAGGUGCCCAAAAUGAGGUAGCCUCAUCCCUAAUGACAGUAGAUGAAGUGCACGCCGAAGACCAAGCACAUGCAAUAGACAAAGUCAAUGAAGAAGACUGCCCUCCUCCGAACACAGAGGAGUCAAGCACGUUGAUGACAUUAGAUGAAGUUAGUGAUGAUGAGGAGGCAAACGGUCCUGCUGUACCGAGGGUCUCUUCAACCAUCCUCGACAAAGAGCAGCUCCUGACUCUCGACGAGAUCAGCGGCGAAGAUGAGGAACAGACCUCACAUUCUGAGACAUCCAAUCCAGAUAAAUGUUUAACACAGGAGACAGAGAACAAAGAGAACAGGAGUGCAAACCCAGAAAAAAAGGAAGAUCCAGAAGCCCCAGAUGUCCAUCCCCAAGAGCCAGACCAAGAGAGCCAGGCAGAACAGCCUCUUCUCACCCUGGAUGAGGUGAAGGCAGAUGAGGAGGAGGAGGAGGAGGAUGAUUUCCUAGGUGAUAUAGAACACCAAUUCUUAACAGUGGAUGAAAUUGGUGAAGAGGAGGAAGAUAUAGAGGUUAAAAAGGAAGCUGUGGAGGAGUCCCAGCCCAAACCGUCAAGUAUAUCGAUACAACCCAAAAGUAAAACAAGUCCUAAAUUUUCACCGCCAGAAUCCAAACCGCCAGCUGGACGAAGAGGCAGACCCAGAAAACGUCCUUUAUCUGAAUCCGCUGAUGAUGCAAAGGACACAUCACUGCAGACGUCUACUGAUUCCAGUAUUAGUGAGCCCAAGAAGACCCCGACUAAGACCAAACCUGCAGCUAAAGGCGCUGAUCAGGGCAAAGCAGGGGGUAGCGCUGUUACCACCCCGGAUAAACCUGCAGCUGGUUCAAGUACGCCUAAAACUACUGGAACCCCGGCAAAGAAAACAAAAGUGGAAUCUCCUUCCCCAGGGAAGACAAAAUUAAGCCCAUUUAAUGCUUCGGUGCCCGUGGGACUAGAAUUUCUUGUUCCGAAGACUGGAUUUUUCUGUGAGCUGUGUUCGCUCUUUUACAUGGAUGAUGCAUCGAAGCUGAAACACUGCAAGAGCCUGCGCCAUUACCAGGCAGUGCAGAAACACUUGGCCAAGGAGGAGACGACGACGACAGAAGGGAAAUCUCCCAGAACGUGA